CAACGGGGUAAUAUAUCACUUUGUUGGCCAUUAGAAACUACACAACGACUUCUAUUAACAAGGUCUACCGACGCAACUAGAUUCUAUAUAAUCUAACAGCUACAAUAUGGCGGAACCAAUUGACUUGACAGGAGAUGCAGGUGUAGUGAAAACUAUACUGACAGAAGCGAAGUAUGAUGAAAAGCCUGAAAAUGGACAUGAAGUAGAGGUACAUUAUACAGGAAAACUUGAUACCGGGGUAGUGUUCGACUCGUCACACAAACGUAACGCAACAUUCAAGUUUAUACUAGGCGCGGGUAACGUCAUCAAAGGAUGGGAUGUCGGUGUGGCAUCUAUGAAGAUAGGUGAAAAGUGUUUAUUGGUGAUACAACCGGAAUAUGGAUAUGGAGCUUCCGGCGCCGGCUCGUCAAUACCGCCAAACUCAGUUCUGCACUUUGAAAUUGAACUUAUAAACUCGCGCCCGAAGCCAAAGGAUUGCGAUGACAUGUCAACAGAAGAAAGAAUACAAGCAGCAACAGAUGCCAAAGCUGCAGGAAAUGAUAAGUUCUUACAUGGACGCUACAGAGCUGCCAUCAGCAUGUAUGAAGACGGAGUGAGGUACCUCGCAAACAGAGAUGAAUGGUCUGAUGAAGCACGGAAAGUAUCAGAUCUUAUAAAGUUGCAGUGCCACCUAAACUUGGCAAACUGCUUUAUUAAAACGGAGGACUACCGCAACGCAGAGGUUAAUGCCACCGAGGCGCUCAGGCUAGAUGCCAGCAGUGUUAAAGGGUUGUACCGAAGGGCAUUAUCCAGAGUCAAAAUGGAGUCAUUCGCCGAAGCUGUAGAAGAUUUGACACACCUACUAAAGGUGGAACCGAGUAACGGCGAUGCCGCAAACCUAUACAAAAUAGCAAAAACUAAAUUACACGAACAAAAUGAAAAGGCAAAGAAGAAAUAUGGAGGAAUAUUCAAAAAUCUAUCGCUCUACAACGAAAAGAAAGGAAUUAGAAAUAUAGACAAAAUGCCCAAAGUAUACCUAAAGAUAUCCGUUGGGGAUGAUGUACAUAAAAUUGUUAUAUCACUAUUCGAGGACACAGUACCUAAAACUGUAAAGAAUUUCAAAUCACUGUGUGAUGAAAAGUCAGAAGUUAACUAUAAAGGGAAUAAGUUCCACAGACUCAUUAAAGGAUUCAUGAUACAGGGAGGCGAUGUUACCAACGGAGAUGGAACUGGAGGAAUCAGCAUAUAUGGAGAUCAAUUUGAUGAUGAAAAUUUCAAAGAUCAACAUACAGAACGCGGUAUACUAAGCAUGGCAAACUGUGGACCAAACACAAAUAACUCACAGUUUUUCAUCACAUUCAAAGCUACACCACACCUCAAUGGCAGGCAUGUGGUAUUCGGAAAGGUAACAGAAGGUAUCGAAGUGCUAGACAUAAUAGAAAACAUUGAAACAGAAGAUAACGAACGACCUAAAACAGAUAUAACCAUAGUGGAAUGCGGAGCGCUGUAAAGAAGAAUUCUCA